AUGGCCUCUCUUCCCACCAACGUGCACGUCUCAAUCCACCCAUGUCUUCAGGCAAAGUUGAGCCUGCUACGGUCCAAAGCCACCAGUGCGAAGGAGGUGCGCGCUCUCGUCCAUGAAAUCUCACUCCUCGUCGCAUCCGAAGCGCUGGCAUCUUCGCUGCAAGCAGUUGACGGGCCUAAAGAUGUGACCACGCUUGGGUUUGAAUAUACGACGACAAAAAUUGCGUCACAGAGUAUUUGUCUUGUCCCUAUCCUACGUUCUGGACUCGGUAUGGUGGAUGCAAUGCAGAUGCUGCUUCCCGAAGCUGUUCCCGUUCAUCACCUCGGCCUCUACCGUGAGCCCAGCACACUCGAGCCCGUCGAGUACUAUAACAACCUGCCCAACCACAUUGGUACUCCUGCAAGCCAAGGACCAGACAAGCUCGCGAUCAUUCUUGACCCUGUAAUCGCAACUGGCGGAACCUGUGCAGCGGUCAUCCAGACCCUUCGCGAGUGGGGCGUUGAGCGCGUGGUUGUCGUCUCCAUUGUUGCGGCAUUACCCGGCGUGCACAGGGCCGCAAGCGAGUGGCCAGAAGGCGUUCAGAUUUGGUGCGCUGGUGUUGACAACGUGCUCACUGAUGAGGGUAUGCUGCGGCCGGGUCUCGGCGACAUCGGAGACCGUCUGUUCUUAACAAUUGGCAAAUAA